AUGACACCCGUACAUUUUAGCUUUAGCUCAGCAUUCAUUCUAGGACUGAUGGGACUAGCAUUCCACCGUACACACCUACUCUCCGCACUUCUCUGCUUAGAAGGAAAAAUAUUGUCGCUGUUGAUUGCAUUAGCCCUAUGGGCACUACAAUUCGAAUCCACAGGAUUCUCUACGGCUGCUAUGCUACUUUUAGCUUUCUCUGCCUGUGAGGAAGGCACAGGUUUAGCACUACUAGUUGCCCCAGCCCGCACUCACGGAACCGACCGCCUACAAAACCUAAAUUUACUACAAUGCUAA